CUCUUGCGUCCACAACAAAUCCCGCAAUCGAAUUUAAAACUUUUUCAACAUAUUUCUAUAUCAAUUAAUUACGCUUAUCUUCAAAAUCUACAACAAUUGCUUAUCAAAAUUACAAGCGUAAUCUGAUCGCAUGGACAUGUUUAUUUGAUAGAUUCAAAUUAGUCUGUUAAGUUGUGAAAAUGUUGUCGCGAUACGUGGUGUCGCAAGUGAAACAUAAUUCCUACUUCCUGGUGGGUCUAGGGAUAGGACUAUGGCUUGCUUUGGCGACUGUGCCAUUAGAGGAAGAGGUGGUGGCCUGUGACACGGUUACUCUUGCAGCUCCAGAUGAGUAUGAGCCCCAGCGUGAGGAGCGGCCGCUGGGAUCGAGGGGCCAGCCCGGACGUAGCGUCCAAAGACCACGGUAUUACAGUACUGAGCUGGGCAUGCGGAGUGGGCUGCUUACAGGUGUUCUCAGCUCUGAGGAAGUACUUGAAACCCGAGCAGCUGCUCUUAACCGCACAGCAGCACGACUACAGCCUGCCCUGCGUUUCUUCAUUACCGCCAGUGCAUUGCAGGAAGCUCCAGGACGUGCCAAUGUGGUCGGUUUCACAGAUACCAGAGAAAUGCUCAAACCAUUCCAUGCACUCAAAUAUUUAGCUGAUAACUACUUGGAAGAGUAUGAUUUCUUCUUUCUUGUGUCAGAUAUGUCAUUUGUGAACUCUCGACGCUUGACGGAACUGGUGUCUAAACUGAGUGUUAGUCAAGACAUCUACAUGGGGACUAUUGCUGAUGAUGAUACACAGUAUUGUACAUUAGAGGGUGGGAUAUUGUUGUCAAACUCUGUGCUGCGGGCAAUACAUGGAGAAUUGGACUGGUGUGUGAGGAACUCAUACUCUCCACAUCAUCAUGAGAACCUUGGUCGCUGUGUAUUGCAUGCCGCCCAUUUAUCCUGUGUCAGCCAAGUACAAGGCGAAAGCUAUGUAUCAGUACAUGUGAACACGGCAGGCAACGGUGUGGGAGGAAUACUAACGCCGGCGCUCGCAGACGCAGUAGUAGUACAACCAGCCAUUGAGCCAAGUCACUUUCAUCAGCUACUUGCGUACAUCUCACGGGUAUACCUAGAACGAGCUCAAAUAAGCAUAACUCGUCAAAGAGGGCAGGCUACGUGGAGCGCGCGGCGUCAUCCACGUGGCUACCGCAAUGCGUCAUGGCCCGCUGCUCUUCGAGAUGACGCGGGACUCGCCGCACCCAGACCGCCUUCAAGGUUUGACCACUUGCGCUGGACACGAUUCAACGCGACCCACGCCUUCAUGCCGGACGAUCAUCGCGUAGUGGCACCUCUCACCAGUGCGUACAAAGAGGCAGUUCAUUUAAUCCUUGAAGAGGUUAGCGCUUGGGCAGCUAAUAGAUGGAGUGCAGUGGCAGACGCAGAAGAAACGGGCGUUGUGAGCAAAAUAUCACCUAAAGAUAUCACCCUGGAAGAGGGCGCUUGGUGCUGGGAGCCCCCGGUGGCCUUGCGGUAUAGGCUGCUACUACGGCUGCCUACGCGACAGGCUGAUGGCACGGCGAAUCCUCGCGGUGCAUUGGUCCAAGUGGAAGCCGCUAGAGCGCUAGGUGCGGCCAGACUCGCGCCUGCUCGCUACGUGACAGAGAGCGCACGCGUCACGCUCUUACUUCCUCUGCCCUUGGAGCACGCGGCGAUGGCGAGCGAGUUCCUUCAAAGAUACAACACUGUGUGCCUGCAGAAAGACACUAAUACUGAUCUCAUUAUUGUAAUAGUCCCAAGAAUCGAAAUGCCAAAAAAUGUGGACAAUUCAACACUGCAAGCGAUACACAAAACGGAUAACUCGACACUGCAUGUAAUGCGAAAUACAGUGAAGAACUUCACGGAGAAGUACCGCAACGCUCAGAUAAAUAUUUUCGAGGCACCAGACGUCGCUGUGCCUUGGGGGGAGGGGCGUAUAUGGAGUGAGACGGAGAUACAGAAACAUGCGGCGCGGGUAGCCUUAACUACCGCCCUGCCGAAGUUACAGCGCGAUGCAUUGUUAUUGCUGUCCAUCCCUUAUAUGGAGUUCACUGAGGACUUUCUUAAUAGAGUCCGGAUGAACACAAUACGUGGGGAGCAAUGGUUCCUGCCGCUGCCGUUUGCACGGUUCGCGCAGUUCGCGAAUCCCCUAUUCGUGGACGCGGCUGGUGCCAAACCAACACAGAACACGGGUCGGUUCCCGACGUUAGCCGCGCCUCUUGUCAUAUCCUUCUACAGGCAGGAUUACAUCGCAGGCUUAGAGUCGUGGCGCACAAACGGCGGAGCCAAGGAUGUGGAAGCUGCAGAUAUUCUGGCCGCAUCCCCUUUGCGAUGCAUCCGCGCGCCCGAGCCUGCUUUCCUGGUACCGCCGCGGGCCGCACCUUGCACCCCCUGCAACUCGAUAGCACCCCCUCACAAUGCAACCACAGAUCCAACAAGCGAAGCGCAGUCUGCGUGUUUGUUCAGAGAACGAGAUCGCGGCUUCCCCGACCUCCAGCUGGGCGCAAGGCAUGCUCUAGCUAAACUUUUGCUACAGACGCAAGCAGAUCUCGACUCAUAGAAGCCUAUUAGAUGUAAAAGUCGUAUUCGACUACGUUAGCAUAAUAUUUUACAGUAAAGCAUACUAAUAAACUAUUAGACGUAAGAGUUACCUUCGAGUAUUACCUAAGUGAAAUCGAAAAUAUUGCCAAAAUAAAUUUAUUUUUUAACAACCCGUUUUUAUUAUUUUUUCUGGCUCUUAGUUUCAAAUUUCUUUUAUCUAAGUUGUUGCGAGAUAAUGAGAUUGUAGAGAGUA